GUAAAUAAAGCACUAUUGCACCUUGGACAGCCAGGUUGUGAACAGGCGUGUGUAAGUUUUACAUUCCCACCAGCAAAACGUGUACUGAAAUAGCCCGCUCGACCCACAAUGACCGCUCUGUCUUUUUUGGAUUUCGUCCACGCCAGGUUUUGUUUCAUUUUUCUUGCUGUGUUUUUCACUCUUAUCUACAUUCUAAAACGCAAACCUCCGAAACAUUUCCCACCAGGACCAUGGUCAUUGCCAUUUGUCGGUGAUCUCCUUCGUGUUGACCCUACAAGAAUCCAUUUUCAGUUGGCAAAGUUUGCCGAGAAAUACGGCGGCAUUUAUAGCAUUCAUUUGGGAUUAAGGAUUGUUGUCAUAAGUGAUCUCAAGCAUUUCAAAGAGGCCUUAAUUCAACAUGGGGAAAAUUUUGCGGAUCGGCCCUCAAUCCCAUUGUUCGAAGAUGUCUUCCAUAACAACGGUUUGGUUUUCUCCAAUGGAUAUGCGUGGAAACAGCAGAGGAGGUUUGCUGUCAUGACGUUGAAGAACUUUGGAGUGGGCAAGAAGAGUCUUGAGCCUUCCAUCCAGGCAGAAACAAAAUGGCUGAGUGAGGCCUUGGGGAACGAACAAGGCCAACCAUUUGAUCCACAGUUUGUUAUCAACAACGCCGUCUCAAACAUUAUCUGUUGUCUGGUGUUUGGUGACCGGUUUGAGUACACUGACAGACAAUUUCAAGAUCUGCUGAGGUUAUUAAAUGAAGCCAUCUAUUUAGAAGGAAGCGGCUGGGCACAGCUAUACAAUGUAUUUCCUCGGAUAAUGCGCAGGGUACCUGGUCCCCACAGAAAGAUAUUUGAACAUUGGGACAAGGUGAUCGCCUUUGUGAGGCUGAAAAUUAAGGAGCACAAGAAUGACUGGGACCCAUCAGCACCCAGAGACUAUAUUGACUGCUUCCUGGCUGAGGUGGAAAAGUUCAAAAAUGAUAUGGAUGCAGGGUUUAAUGAAGAGAACUUGUGCUUCUGCACUUUGGAUUUGUUUGUGGGUGGAACUGAGACCACAUCAACAACACUGAACUGGGGGCUGUUGUUCAUGAUCAAAUACCCUGAUGUACAAGAAAAGGUGCAGGCAGAAAUAGACCAUGUGAUUGGGCAGUCACGUCUGCCCUCCAUGGCAGACAGACCCAACAUGCCCUACACUGAUGCUGUGAUCCACGAGAUUCAGAGGAUGGGAAACAUUUUACCCCUGAAUGUGGCCCGUAUGACCGUCAAAGACACACAAAUGGGAGAAUACAUCAUACCAAAGGGUACAAUGGUGCUGGCAAUGUUAACGACUGUGCUCUUUGAUGAGAGUGAGUGGGAGACUCCACACACCUUUAAUCCAGGACAUUUCCUGGAUGCCGAAGGGAACUUCAGAAGACGAGAUGCCUUCAUGCCAUUUUCAGCAGGUAAGAGGGUGUGUCUGGGGGAGCAGCUGGCUCGGAUGGAGCUGUUCCUCUUCUUCACCUCUCUCCUCCAGAGGUUCACCUUCUCUCCUCCCCCUGGAGUGGAGCCUAGCCUGGAGUACAGAAUGGGAGUCACACACUGCCCCAAACCUUACAAGCUCUGUGUUGUCCCCCGCUGAGCACAGAGUGAUCCACAUCGCAGAGGACGCAACAGGGAUCAUGAAGUACUGCUGUAUGAAGCCUUUGAGGUUUAGAAAAUUUACACAUUUCCCCCAGGGAAUUAAUUAAGAGUCAUGUGAUUGUUGUGUUUAUCCUAAAGUGAGCGGCUUAUUUGCUAUAUUGUUGUUUUUCAUGGCCUACAGUGUGUUAACAUGAGUAUUUAUCUUUCUGCAAGCCACAUAUACUGUGACACACUAAUUAGGCAAUACAUGUCAUGCCUUGGGUUUUGCUCUUUCUGAACAUCCUGAUAUUAUGCAGGAGCUGCAUACGUUUAUUGUGUAUUUCAUAGUAUGUAUCAUGUUGUCUCAAUUGCCUUUGAUUGUGAAUUGUUGAAUAACCCUUCCCCAUGUUCAGCUUGUGAACCAUGUACAGUAUGUUCCCUACAAAAUCAGUUCAGAGGUGUGUGAUGAUACAGCACAAAAGAAGGCGAACAUGCCAAGAUUUUAAAAUCUCACUGAGUAAAUUAACUCACUUUAAACAUGAUUUCUGUAAAAAAAAAAAAAAAAAAAAAAGUCAUUUGGUCCUUCAUUUAAAGAUGUGUAUGGAUAUAUAGACUGUCGGAAUAUAUGAAUACUUUCUCUUGAGCCAUUCUUUGUUUACACCCUGUUGAAGACCCAGCAAGGUCGAAACCGGUCAGUUUAUUAAUUUAAUAUCUGGAGAUAUGCUGCCACAAUAAAGGGUUUU